AUCUGGAUUUGUGCCCAGUCCAAUAACAUGCCCUGAUUCGUGUGUUUCGGCUUUUGUUGCUCAUAAGAAUGGUCAGAAUAGCCUGGUAUCAAGAGAAGAUCGGCGCUUACGAUCAACAAGUCUGGGAGAAAUCACUGGAGACUGCGGAUCUAGUUGAGUUAGAGAGCAAACCAAAGAAGACUGGUCACAUCAAACCAGACCUCAUCGAUGUUGACUUAGUAAGAGGAUCAACAUUCAGCAAAGCCAAACCAAAGAGUCCGUGGACAGCUCAGACUCGAAAAGGUCUGGUCCGAGUUCUGCUGUACCCAUUCUUCUUUCAGUGGUGGAUUCAGGUCACAUCCAAGUCCAUCUCAACGUGUAUCCUGGUACUUUAUUUCCUACAAGUGGCAGCAGUGGCGCUUUACCUGGAUGUCCCCCGGGCGAGUGCCAGCGAGGUGUUUGGGCCCAUGUGUCUCAUGCUGCUGCUGGGGACCGUGCACUGCCAGAUUGUUUCCACUGAGUCCAGCCGCUGGCCCUCAGGCAGUCCACCUGCUAGCAGCAGCACCAGUCCUGCACGCCGGAGGAGGCCAAGGAAGGGCAGAGGGUUGAAAAAAUCAGAAGAAAAGAGUGACAGCAGGAACACGGAGCUGCAGGGACUCUUGCAGUUUGAAGAUAGCCAGCGAUUAUUCAGAAGCGAGGAGAGGAGGAGUAAAAGUAAUUCAGGAUUUGGGGCAUCUGAUGAGCUAUCUAGUGAAGAAGAAGAAGGUGGAGUGGAAGAUAUUCGGCCAACACAACAUCUGAAGGUUCACACAACUAGUCCAAUAUCAAUAUCUGCUUCAGCAUCUCCUGUUAGGAAGAGAAUUGUGAAAUCUUCUCCUAAACCAACACCAAGACCUCAGGAGGGGAAUGUGGCUUCUAACAAGGCGAAGCUUCGUAAGAUGGAGCGCCUCAUGCCAGGUUCUCGUCCUGCCUCUGACACGGACGACACAAUGUGGGAGGAGCUCCUCCAGGAGCCUGACUCCCCCUCCACGGGGAGCAGUGACAGCGAGAUUGAUGGGAGAUGUACCGCUGGGCUGAACAUCCAACAAAACACCACUCAGAGCAGUGGUGAUGAAAGCCUGCAACAAGGAAUCAGCAAUAGCCAGCUGACUUGGCUUCAGGCAUGUCACCCCUCAAAGGACCGUGUUAGUGCUAUAAUAUGGGAGAAUGGAGAGUGCAAGAAAGCAGACAUAUCGGUACUGGAGAUCAGUGGGAUCAUCCUCACACGGGUGAAGUUAGUGGAGCAGGGCAUUGGUUACCUUGGCCUCGGUGGCCUUAUGACUGCCACCCUGGCACUGCUUCCCUUUGCGUUCCGCCUGGCUCAACGUUUGGACAUGUCGAGCCUCAGCUCCCUCUCUCUCGCACAGCUGGUUGAAAUCGCAGUGGGACCGACGGACGCCCGAUCUUCUGCCUUUUUCUUCAUCACAACAAUUCAAAGAGUCUGUCUCACAGGGCUGUUCUUUUUUAUGAUGUGUGUAGCUGAGAGAACCUACAAACAGAGACUCUUAUUUGCCAAAUUUUUCAGCCAUCUCACUUCAGCUCGCAAGGCUAAGAAGUCUGAGGUCCCUCAUUUCAGGCUGAAGAAAGUGAAAAACAUAAAGAUGUGGUUGUCACUACGCUCUUUUCUCAGGAGACGAGGCCCACAGCGCUCCGUAGAUGUCAUUGUCUCCACGAUCUUCCUUUUAGCGCUUUCCAUUUCAUUCAUCAUCUGCGCCCAGCUUCUGCACAACCACAAGACAUUUCUAGAGUCUUUAUUAAACUGGGAACUCGUGUUGUGGUGUUCUUCCCUCCUCCUCUUCCUGCUGCGGCUCGCCACUCUGGGCUCAGAAACCAACUCGAAGUACAGCAACUCCUCUGUGCUGCUGACUGAGCAGAUCAAUCUGUAUCUGAAGAUGGAGAAAAAGCCGUAUAAGAAAGAACAGCUCAGUAUAGUGAACAACGUCUUAAAACUGGCUACAAAGUUGAUGAAGGAGCUGGAUACUCCCUUCAGGCUGCUGGGUCUGACUGUGAACCCCCUGAUCUACAACAUCACCAAGGUUGUCAUCCUUUCGGCUGUUUCUGCAGUGGUCAGUGAAAUGCUUGGCUUCAACAUCAGACUUUGGAAAAUCAAACCUUAAUGUGAAGACAACAACAAGCCACUGGGGUCCAGAAACACACACUGCUCUGUCCAAAGCUGUGGGAAUGCAGGGUGCAAAGGGCGCUGCAGCACCUUCUGAUGGCCAGAAGAAAUGCACGCCCAAACAGUUUUAA